GUCCGGAGAACGUAGGCGCAGGCGCUGUAGGUGAUGUGAGGCUGGCGCCCGCCUCACGUCUGGGGUGAUGCCCUCCAGUGAGCCUCAUCCCCCGUACCACCUUCAGCACCACAACAUUCCUCCCUCGCAUCUACAGUCAAUCGACCGUCAGCUCUUUCAGCAGCUGGUGGCGGUACAUCAUCAUCAGCAACAUCAACAGCGACAGCAGCAACACGGCGGACCCUUCCAAAAUUCCACGUACGCGCAACAGAAGCAGGAGAUGAGCCCGGAGGAGGAGGGGGGCCGAGGGGGUGGGUCCCCCCCUGCGGCUGGGGCUGCACUUCAUCAGCCCCAUCACCCCCGCACGGCUAGUCCACCUUCGGGCACGGAACCCUGCACUCGCGACGCGAUACCAACACCCACACCUAUCGCCGAUACCACCACCACGACGACAACUAUGACGAUGCAGUCACAGAGUCAACAGCAACAGCAACAACAGGGUCCCAGUCCGAGCCCGAGUCCAACAGGCGGCGACGUGGAGAAAUUUGACGGUAAAAUCGUCUACAACCCGGAUGGAUCGGCCUAUAUCAUCGAAGGUGAGAGUGAACUCAGCGAAGACGACUCUUUACCCGACGGUUGUAUUGUCGAUGGGCGCGGUGUAUCGGUUCCUCAUUCCUUAGUUUACCCACAAAUCGCAAACGCGUACUAUGUAUCGCGGUUGUACGCGCAUCAAGCCUAUCAACAGCAACAGCAGCAGCAGCAGCAACGUUCGGCCCAACAGCACAAUCCCGAUUUUCCUAUAAUGCACAGUUAUCGGGUGAUCAGUUACAGGAGCGCGGAAGGUAGUAAACAGCCCCCUCCGACACCCACGGCACCGCCGCCGCCUGCCGCGUCGGUACCCGUCAAACCUAUCCUAAUGUGUUUCAUAUGCAAGCUCAGCUUUGGGUACGCGAAAAGUUUCGUCGCGCACGCCCAGGGUGAGCAUCAACUUACUCUAAUGGAGGACGAACGACAGAUACUCUCUCACUCAACGGCAUCGGCCAUUAUACAGGCCGUUGGUAGAGGCAAACAGCCGCUCGUCAGUUUCCUAGAACCUGUCACGACCUCGACCUGCGCUCAGGUGUCAUCUGUGCAAAUACAAGCUCAACAACAGCAACGUAGCGAAUCCAACGAACACGAGACAACGCCAACCACAACGAGCACACCGGCGAGCACACCUGGCGUACCUAGUAGUCCCCAACAACAGCAGCAGCAACAGCAGCAGCAGCAACAGCAAUCGCAACAGUCGCAACAACAGCAGCGGCCCUCGCCAGGCACUCCCACGACGCCCACGUCACAUUCGAAUCACCCUCUCACGUACAAUCACCAACAGCAACAGCAUUGGACCGGCGCGCAAGUGAGCGCUGCGUCCUGGGCCAAGGCACCCGACGCAAUGCCUUACAGUUCACCACCGCCGACUUCAUCCACCAAAGGCUCUCCGUCUUCGUACGCCGCCCUCACUCAGGCUCCACCGAACUUCCUCACCGGCACAACGAUAGGUGUCUGUCCGGAGCAUAUGCAAGGUAGGCCGAGUGGCGUGGAGUGUUCGAAGUGCGAGCUGAUACUGACGAGCAGCCGACUCGCCGGUCCUGGUGGACCACUCGCCGGGAUACACAGUCGAAAUUCCUGCAAAACCCUAAAAUGUCCAAAGUGCAAUUGGCACUACAAGUAUCAAGAGACUCUGGAGAUACACAUGAAGGAGAAACACCCUGAAAGUGAGACGUCUUGUUUUUAUUGCAAUGCUGGCCAGCCGCAUCCCAGGUUAGCACGCGGCGAAACGUACACCUGUGGCUACAAACCGUACAGGUGUGAAGUGUGCAAUUAUUCCACUACGACGAAGGGUAACCUAAGUAUACACAUGCAAAGCGACAAACAUUUGAAUAACAUGCAAGAACUACAGCAGGGAGGCGGGGGUGGCUCUAGUACGAGCAACCCUUCGUCGUCUCAGGAUGCGCCAAUGCCGACGCGGAGUCCCCACCAUCAGCAAAAUCACAGUCCACACCGAGCCACCCAGGGUGGAAAUCAGAGCAAGCCGAAGCUCUCGUUUCGGUGCGACAUAUGCAACUAUGAGACAAAUGUUGCGCGUAAUCUUAGGAUACAUAUGACGAGCGAGAAACACACGCACAAUUCGAUGGUGCUGCAUCAGAAUAUCAAACACAUGCAGACAUUGUCGGCGUUGUCCCACCAUCAACAGGCGCAGCACCACCAUCAACAACAACAGCAACAGCAACUCGAGCAUUUGCUCCACUUGGGCAGUUUGGACAAACCGCAACCCACAGAGGCGGCAUUGGCCGACUUAGCUUACAAUCAAGCGGUCUUGAUGACAAUGAUGACCGGCGGUCAAAUGCCGCAGUUUCCGUCAGAACUCAUAGGUACCAUAGCGAGUGCUGCCGUGGGUAAUCUUGGCGGUGAUGUCGGACUUUCACCGGACAGCAUGGAUCCACCACCGGAACCUGCGGACCAGGACCCCAACCACGUAUAUCAAUGUUGCAUCUGCAACAACUUUGCGACGGAUUCGCUCGAGGCUCUAAGUCACCAUCUAGCCGUCGACAGAACGCGAACUCGCGAGGGUGAGAUACUCACGGUGCUGAACGCACAUUUUAUCUGCAAACUUUGUGCUUAUAAAACCAAUUUGAAAGCGAACUUUCAACUGCACUGCAAAACCGAUAAGCAUUUACAGCGUUUACAACACAUGAAUCACGUGAAGGAGGGCGGUCCACGGAACGAAUGGAAGUUAAAGUAUUUGGCGUCGCCGACGAGCGCCGCGCAAUUGCGCUGCCACGCUUGUGACUAUUAUACCAAUAGCGCACAUAAACUGGCCCUACAUGCCGCCUUGCCGAGGCACGAAACCGCGGCUCUUAUACUCCGGCAUUUGCUCGACGCGAGCAGCAACGUACAAGCCCCCGGGAAAUUGUAUCAUUGCAUGAUGUGCGGAUUUAGCGCUCGGCACCGAUUGCCACUUUUGCAACACGUAAGAACACUGCGGCAUCUUCAUAUGGAACAGAUACACCAGAUUCACAGGAGAAGUACACUCACGGGAAAUGAAUCUCCGCACACGGAUAUCAAUGUCAUGUUUCAAGUGACGAGCGAUCCCGAUGUGCCGCCCACGCAUCAAUCCAGUCCGACCACACCAACGACACCCAACGCUACGAGCACCAACAAUGAACGACGAGAAGAAGGUAGUGAUUGCGGUAGUGAAGUGAAACAAGAACCGGACAAUGAUCCAGAACCGGAAGCGGAACCUGAAAACGACCAAGAAGAAAUAACGUGCCUGUAUUGUACGUAUCAGCCGACAUCGCGGGAAGAAUUACGACAGCAUCUACAAGUGGCGCACGUUCAAGAUUCGGAAGAGAAAACUGAAACGGUAAAGGAAGAACCGACGACAGAAUUGUUAUGCCCGUUGUGCCAAGAUAGCUUCAAGGAACGUCCCGCCCUAGAGAAGCAUGUAAUGCAAAUUCAUUCUGUUAACACCGACGGUUUGCAGAGGUUAUUAUUAUUGGUAGAUCAAAGCCAUUGGCUAAACAAUAAUCGGAAUUCCUCGACGGCUGUAACGACUGCAACAACGCCGACGUCGCCCACGACUACGACGAAGAUCCAUCAGGAAGAAGAACUUAAUGAACGGGGUGGCAAUGAUGAAAUUGAGGAGAUUGUCAGGUGUACCGUGUGUGGCCGAAAUUGGCGUUCUAUCGAAGAACUUCAGCAACAUCACCGGGAAGCUCAUCCGACCACCACGCCUGCCUUGGCAGUCAGUGAAAAACACGUCUACAAAUAUCGAUGUAUACAGUGUAGUCUCGCGUUUAAAACCUUGGAGAAACUUCAACAACACUCCCAAUAUCACGCUAUCAGAGACGCGACUAAAUGCAACAAGUGCGGACGAUCUUUUCGCUCAGUUCAGGCGCUUCAGAGACAUUUGGAAACUGCCCACGAGCUUCACGAGGAUGAUUUAGCUCAAUAUAAGCAGAGUUUAAUUCAAGCGCAUCCUCUUCUUCAGGUGCUCACAGAAGAAACGUUGAGGAGACAAGCUUCCCUAGCAGAUGAGCAGACUGUGGAAGAAGACACUGGUAGAGGUGACGAGGAAGAAAGCGAUGCCAGUGAUUCGCCUCCAAAGGGACAACGUGGAUUGGAGGAUUAUCUAAAUAGCCAAACGAUCGCGGAGGACUCAUAUCAAGAUCCAAGUCGAAAAUUCAAAUGUCAUCGAUGCAAGGUGGCUUUCACGCAGCAGAGUUAUCUCACCGGGCACAAUAAGACCUUGUUGCAUCGGAAAGGUGAAAAAAUGUCUUAUCCCAUGGAAAAAUAUUUAGAUCCUAAUAGACCAUACAAAUGUGACGUUUGCAAGGAAAGUUUCACGCAAAAGAACAUACUUCUAGUGCAUUACAACAGUGUGAGUCAUUUGCACAAGUUGAAGCGCGCGAUGCAAGAGCAAGGUAACAAUAAUAACUUGAUCGCAGUGGUACCUCCGGCUAGCCCGACCGAAUCGCCCGAUUCUCAACAAGAUCAAGAUAAAAAGCCGUACAAAUGUAACAUUUGUAAAGUCGCUUACUCCCAGGGUAGCACUUUGGACAUCCAUAUGAGAAGCGUUCUUCACCAAACGCGGGCUAGUAAAUUACAAGAUCUUGCCGCCAGCGGCCAGUUAGAUCUCGCUCGACCAUUAAUCGAACAACCUCCACAGAGUCCGACCAGUCCACCUGUCAACACGAACACAGGCAAUACAGGAGGGAUGCUCCCCUGUUCGCGCUGCAACACUCUCGUCAAUCAGGAUCAGCUAGCGGCACAUCAACAGAUUUGCAAUUUUUUGAACAACCCAGCAUUGGCAUUCUUUCAACAAUUAGCUGCGUCGCAACAACUAGCUUCGUCCGCUCCGGCUAAGACACCACCUCCUAUGUCUACAACACCAGGACCGCAACAGCAUAUGCAAUCAGCUGCGCAACAUUCAUCACAGACCACGCAAGAUAUUCUCUCGCAACCGCGACAUAAGACCUCGCAGAUGUAUAAGCAUCUAUUGGAGAGCUUUGGUUUCGAUCUCGUCAUGCAGUUCAAUGAGAAUCAUCAAAGACGGCAACGUAAGGAGGAAGAAGCAGCAGCUGCCCUUCAAGCGCAGCAAGAGCAACAGAAACAGGAACAACAGAAGCAAGCUCUCGCUGCUCAAGCUAUGCAAGAAAAAGAGGAAGAAGCCGAAGAGGCUCAUACGGAUGAUGACGUAAUACCAGAACUUACGCGCAGUACUUGUCAGCAUUGCAAUAAAGAAUUCAGUAGCGUUUGGGUCCUGAAGGCUCAUUGCGAAGAGGUACAUCGCGAUCUCGUACCGCGCGAAUUUCUCGAAAAAUACGCACAACAAUUCAAGUGUGAGUACGAGAAGAAGAGUGUCGUGGUGACCGCCGCGACGUCUUCGUCAACUACAACGGCGCCGAGAAGCUCUACGCCCGCUGCCGCACAACCUCAAGAUCUCAGUUCCGACAAAGAAUCGCGUGAAAAGGAGAAAGAAGAGAAUACCGAGAGUAAAGAACGUAUCAGUCGAUCGCCAGAAGCCACGUCUACUACUCCAGCGACAACCCCGGCGUUGAGCAAUACUCCAGUUUCAAGUACAGAUUCUACGACUCCGACUGUCUUGCCUACCAAUCCGCAGCAUCAUAUUUCACAACAAUCGCAACAGCAGCAGCAGCAACAACAACAACAAUUACAACAUCAUCACCAACAACAACAACAACAACAGCAGCAGCAGCAGCAGCAACAGCAGCAGCAGCAGCAGCAACAACAACAUGCUCAACUUUCAUUGGCGCAACAGAUGUCUGAUAUGCAAACUGCUCUAAAUGUAAUGGCGGCAUCGCAAUUGCACCAGCAGUUACAACAAUAUCCAGGAUUGAUGAUGGGAAUGAUGGGAUUACCACUGGGAUUGAACGUCCCAGCUUUAGCCGCCAUGAAUCUCCAGCCGCCUCUAGUGCCCAUGAUGCUACCACCUCCGCCAUAUGAUGGUGCUGCUACUGGAUAUCCAUCGAUUAAUCAAGCAGAUCUUCUUGCCAAACAACAUCUUGCUCUUCAACAACAACAAGCAGCAGCAGCGGCAAAUGCAGCUGCAUCGCAGAAACGAGCACGUACUCGUAUCACUGACGAACAGCUAAAAAUAUUGCGAGCACACUUCGAUAUUAAUAAUUCUCCGGGUGAAGAACAAAUCCUAGAAAUGGCUACACAGAGUGGUUUGCCUCCUAAAGUCAUAAAGCAUUGGUUCCGAAACACCUUAUUUAAAGAACGUCAGCGUAACAAAGAUAGUCCUUACAAUUUCAAUAAUCCGCCGAGUACCACUCUGAACCUUGAAGAAUACGAAAAAACCGGUGAAGCGAAGGUAACCCCGUUAAAUUCAAGCGUAUCGGGUAGCAGUUCCUCUGACGAUAAAAGCCCGAAUAAGCAAUCGACGCCCCCGCCGUCUAUGCAAAACACCAGCGUGCAACCUACCGAGAUUAAGCAGGAGGUUGUCGAGCAAUCGCAGAGUCAACAGCAACAGCAAGCUGCUCAACAUCAAGAAGAGCAGCAGCAUCACUCGCCUGGUAGUUCAAGUGGCCAGCAGUCCCGACCGCAUUCGCCCGCGCUUAGCAUGAGUUCGGUAUUCUCCAUUCAUCACGAUAUUUCGUCCCAUCCUCCAUCGACCACGAAUGCACCGAGCGCUCCGAUGUUGCCACCGAAAUUGGCAUCCCAGAACUUUGCCAGUCCUACUCCGGGAGCGGGUGGGGUAGUACCGAGCGCGAUCGCCGCAAUGGCGCUUACACCGCAGAGAUCUCUGAGCCCGGGUCGUGGACCGACCGAUUAUUUCGGUGGUAAUAGUAACGGUAGCAAUACUUCCGGUGGGAGUUCCGGUAAACGCGCUAAUCGCACAAGAUUCACCGACUAUCAGAUAAAAGUCCUCCAAGAAUUCUUCGAAAACAACGCGUAUCCGAAAGAUGACGAUUUAGAGUAUCUGAGCAAACUUCUCGGAUUGAGUCCGCGCGUGAUCGUAGUGUGGUUUCAAAAUGCUCGGCAAAAAGCACGCAAGGUUUACGAAAAUCAACCUGCUGCCGAGCCUGUAACAACGGGUGGGCGCGAGAACGACGACGGUUCCGGUAGAUUUCAGAGAACGCCAGGCUUGAACUACCAAUGCAAAAAGUGCCUCCUUGUAUUUCAGAGAUAUUAUGAGCUUAUACGCCAUCAGAAGACUCACUGUUUCAAGGAGGAAGAUGCCAAAAGGAGCGCGCAGGCGCAAGCUGCGGCGGCUCAGGUUGCCGCGGUUCUGAGUUCCGAGGACAGUAAUAGCAGUUCUACUACCACUACAAACAAUACGGUAGCCAAUAAUCCAACGAGUGUGCCGGCACCCACCGAACAGUUGCAGCAAUCACUGGGCACAGCCACAUCUCCUCAUCAACAUCAACAGCAGUCCCUGUCUCAGACGCAUCAAUCACAGUCGCAGUCGCAGUCACAACAGCAACAGCAACAAUCGCAAACGGAAUCGAAGGAAUGUAGUUUCCAAUGCGACAAGUGCAAUCUGAUGUUCGGACGAUUCGAGCUCUGGCGCGAGCAUCAGUUAAUACAUAUCAUGAACCCGACCCUAUUUCCUUCAGCGUAUCCUCCUGAUUCACCUUUUGGUAUCUUGCAACAACAAGCGCUCAACGCCACUCCUGGUGUUGCACCGGAUUCAAUCAUCAGCAUGAUACAGAAAAGGAAAUAUGAGGAUCUUGAGGAAGGGACAGGUAGCGAUAACCGCUCGAAUUCAGAACACAACGAGCAGCCCAAGGACAAGCGUUUGCGAACCACGAUACUCCCGGAACAGUUAGAUUAUCUCUAUCAGAAAUACCAAAUCGAAUCUAAUCCAUCGCGAAAGAUGCUGGAGACGAUCGCUCGCGAGGUAGGUUUAAAGAAGCGUGUAGUACAAGUCUGGUUUCAAAAUACACGUGCCCGUGAGCGCAAGGGUCAAUUCCGUGCCCACAGUCAAGUGAUUAACAAGCGCUGUCCGUUCUGUCCAGCGUUAUUCAAAGUCAAGUCCGCUCUGGAAUCUCAUCUCAGCAGUAAACACGCGGACCAAGUGGCACGUGGCGAGGUGAACAUCGACAACAUCCCGGACGAAGAGCUUUCGAUGGAGUCCGUUCCAUCUAAUUCUAGCACUCCUCACAUGAUGCCACCAUUAUUUCCGCCCCUAAACAACAGCGAUAUGGAGAUGUCUUUGAAGAAUUUGAAGUAUUACGAAGAUGUGAAACGAUACUUUAGCGAGUUGGCGCAUGCCAGUAACGGAAAACAAGAAACGACGAAUCAUCAGGCCAGCGGCAAUAGCGGCGAGUCGCCAUUAGAUCUGAGCAAACCGGUCGAUCUUAGCCGACCAAUGAAACUGAGUCUAGGCAGUUUCGGCAAUCUUCUCGAGGAGCAACAUGGCGCUCAUUUCCGCGGCGGUAGCGACUGCGGUCCUCUAACUGACUUAUCCGAACGUAGCAUCUGUGACGACGACAGCAUGAGCGAGACAACCGAGUUUCUGGACGACGAAAGCGGACCGGCGAGUCCGGCCUCGAGCACGCAAAGCUCGAGGCAAGGACCCGCCAGCGGAAAUACGGGAAAUACCCCCGGAACACCAGUGACCAGUGGACAGUCCGGUAGCAAUACCCCCGGACAAUCUGGGGGCAAACGAUAUCGCACUCAGAUGUCGGCUACUCAGGUGAAGGUGAUGAAGUCACUCUUCUCGGACUACAAGACUCCGACGAUGGCCGAAUGCGAGAUGCUCGGCCGUGAGAUCGGCCUGCCGAAGCGCGUGGUCCAGGUGUGGUUCCAGAACGCCCGCGCUAAGGAGAAGAAGGCUAGAUUGGCGGCCGGUUUGCCGGCCGAAGGCUCAGCCGUUCAACCGCAUCGCGGCCCGACCGGACCAGACGAGUGCAGGCUAUGCUCUGUGCGUUACUCGGCCAAGACACCGCUGCAGGAGCACGUAUUCUCGCGGCGGCAUAUCGACUCGGUGCGCGUCGCCGUCGAGGAGGGCAGUCUGGUGCCACCGACUCCCGGGGCACCGAUCGUGCCCGGCGGCAGCGGGGCUGUCGGCGUGCCCGGUAUUGGUAACUCGCCGAUAGUGACCGCAGCCAGUCAACAAGUCAAUCAGCAGCAACAGCAACAGCAAUCGGACGAGAAUAUGAUGUACGGAUCCGUGUUCCUCCAUCCCACGGCAAUGUUCCAGUCACAGCAACAACAGCAUCCCGCUGCCACUGCGGCCAGCGCAGCUAACACUACGGCCGUAGCGGCUGCGGGCUUGAGCGGAGGUCUACUCGGAAGCGCUAUGAUGCCGCUGCACGUGGAAGGUGGCGCACAGGUACAGGUGCCACGGGCCCUGAUGCAGGCGUUCCUGCAGCAGGAUCCGAAUCAUCCGGGGCUGGAGACGGUCCGUUUGCCGACCUCGCCAUGCGGCACCGACGAGAACGGGCCGCCUCAACACUGUCGCGAGGUGGAGACCGAGCUGUGCCUGGUCUGUCGUCGUUGCGGCCGCGCGUAUCCGCAGGAGUCGUCCUUGCUGGCGCACCAGCGGUCCUGCUACCUGGGCAAUCAGCAGCGUCGCGGCGCCCUGCGCCUCGUGCAGGCGCGUUACGCCUGCUCGUUGUGCGAGCACGGCGUGCCAACGCGCACGUACACCACCGUGAGCGAAUGGCGCCGUCACGCCGAGACGUUGCAGCAUCGCGCGCGUCUUGAGGCCGCUCAAGAACGCCAGCAGCAGCAGCAGCAGCAGCAGCAACAACAGCAGCAGCAGCAACAGUACGAUGGCGGUGCGCAAUCCGGCGAGGAAACGAAUCCGCUCACCGACGAGAUGGAGGACGUCGUCAAUCAGAUUACCCUAUUGGCUGCUCGUGCGGCCGCUGAAAGCACGACCGGUCAGCCACAGACCGGUGACAGGGCCAAUGGUCAGGACAACAACAAUGGGCCCGACGCUAAGAGGCAGAAACUGGUGCAGGAAGUCACUGCCCUCGCCGGUGCACGUUAAACGCGGGGGUCGGCCUACGAUUUCUCUCACGAAUCAUGGAAGUUGUACAGAAAAUGGCACCGAAUAACAAUAGAAAGAGACUGUGCAAAAUGAAGAUAUCGAAGACGGGCAAAAGGAGGGAGAUAUGAGAACCUAUGGACGUCGCUUGGAGGAGGUCGGACCCGAGGACGUCGCAGUGAACGAGCCAAUGUUCCUAACCGGCGAUGAACGGGCAGGCACGGGUGUCCAUCUCAGUGGUGCACCCCGUCGGGGGUAUUUGCCCCGUGGCGGUAGGAGGGGGGGCAGGAAAGGGAGGCACAUUACUCAGGCGCGGACGGCGGACGAUCAUUGGUUCUCUCUCUUAAUUUCGUCGUUUAUGCACCGCCAUCACACACAACCACCCUCCACUGCUUCCCUGCCCCCUGGCCCCCGCCCCUGAUUCGCCUAUUAUUUUUGUAACGCGAAUCCCGCGCAGCGCGCGCCGUGAAGAUGCGCGCUCUCCAAAGUUCCUCUCGUAGCACGAAAAAAGAGAAAAAAAAAAGAUAAAUAAUAAAAAAAAAGAAAGGUGGCAGAAGAACAGAGAAACAGAUGAAGAUGAGCUAAUCUAGGUGAAGUCAACUGGGGAACGAUCGAACGAACGCGAUCGAGAAAUCCUUCUUACUGGUCAGCCGACAACCGGUAAAUCGAUUGUUCGGUCGGUCGGUCGGUCGGUCGAUCCAUCGAUCGAUCGAUCGAUCGAUCAGUCAACGGUACGAUUGGAUCGAGCCGAUCUCGGGCGCACGUCUCGGAAUGAUGUGCGCGGCACGUCUC